AGACCACAAACACUUUUCAUUAGUAAUAGUGCAAGCCUUCAAUGUGACGUCACAUGUCUCGCGCAGCUUUCGCUUUCAUUUAACAGGAAGAGUCAGCGUUUGAAGCGUGAAGCCUGGUGAAGGAAAAGGACUCAAAAUGUCAGAAACAGAGGAACAAAUGGACUGGAGUUCACAGGCUUCGACGUCUUGCGCCAAUUGUGACGUGGAUGAAGCUCAAGUCACUCUAUCUGUCCAGUGGUCAGAGGGACGUCAGCCACUGAGGAGUGAUAAAAAACUAGAGAAGGCUCUCCAGACAUGGGUCAAUAAAAACAAAAUGAAUGUAAACUACUCAGUUUCCAAAGUCUCAGAAGAUGGGAGAGCUGUGAUUAAGAUUAAACCAAGACCAGCCCUGAGUGACCUUGAGAAACUUUGUGGACAAACACUGAAUGUCAAAGAUGGCAAACAAGUGAAAGUCAUGUAUAUUAUACUGACACCACCAGGGCUGGAGACACAAAUAUCAGACAACACUUCAACAACCUCUGCGCCUCCCCAAUCCAAGUCAGAGCCCCAAGAUAUCGAGAAACAAAUAGCAGAGGCGGCUUCAGACAUCGCUCCUCCUCCCCACUGCAAGUCAGAGCCCCAAGAUAUCGAGAAACAAAUAGCAGAGGCGGCUUCAGACACCGCUCCUCCUUCAUCUGGGUCAAAGCCACAAACUGAGCAACCUGUGGAACAAAGUAAUACCAGCAGUCCAGAAGCAGUUUCCCCAGCAGAUGAAGUGACGUGUAUUCUCGCAUUGGGCUUUUUCUGGUACUUGAACCACAUCUACAACAAGGAAGUUGAACAUAUAAUGACAAAGAAUCAGGUUUCAAUAACUUCAAAUGUACAUGUGACAUUUAAAGCACAGGAAAAUGGAAGCUUUCAAAACGCCUAUUCUGACUUCCAAAUCCUUGUCAACAAGUGUUUGAAUGAAUCCAGUGGCGCAGCGUUUUCUCUCAAGAACACAGAUUCAAAACAGUUAAUGCACGUACUGAAAAACGUCCAGGAGAAGGAGAGCAAGCUUCUUCUUACUUUAUCCUCUGAACAAGUGAGCGUGUACGGGCCAGACCAGACUGUUAAUGCUCUCCAGAAUUAUUUGAGUCCAUCAACAUAUAUGAAUCCUUCUGUUGAAGAGUCUACAGAGGUGCAUCAAUACACAUCAUCAAGCAUCCAUAUGAGCACCAAAGACCCUCUCCUCGACUCUGGGCUCAGCAUUGAGGAAAACAACUGGAAGCUUAUUGAAACUUCCUUUGGUGAGAAAUUAGCAAAGAUUAAAGAUAAGUUUGGUGUCGACAUUCAAGAAUCAGUCAUCAGUCAAGGCCAAGUACAAGUCAAAGCUCACUACAAGAGAAGUGGAGGAAAUGCAUCAAUGGAAAGCCAUGCUCUCAGAGCUCUUCUCCAACUUUACCAGAAGAUUGCCACUUCCCCCUUCAACCAGCCCCAUGGUGCCACGGUGCUCAAUGGCUCGCUGAAGAACUCUGGUGCUGUUCAUGCGUCAGAAGAGGCAUCCAGUGGACCUGAAUUAAACAGAAAAUCAGGAUACAACACACACAACACUGAGGAACCUAAAGGAGAGGGAGCCACAGCUGGAGACACCAAAGAAGAAAACUGUUCGAUAUGCAUGGACCCAUUCAAAAAGAAGAAACAGCUGAAGUGCAAACAUGAGUUUUGUGAGGCAUGCCUGGAACAAUCAAAGAAAAGUUUGGGACCCUGUUGCCCUUUGUGCAAAGAUGUCUUUGGUAAGAUGGAGGGAGACCAGCCGUAUGGAAAAAUGACAUGGAGAUCAGGUCCCACGUCCCUCUCUGGAUACUCACAGUGUGGCUGUAUAAUCAUCAACUAUUGGAUUCCAGGUGGACUACAGACGGAAAAGCAUCCGAAUCCUGGAAAGCGCUAUGAGGGCAUCUCCAGAGAAGCAUAUCUGCCGGACAAUAAAGAGGGCAAUGAAGUGCUGCGCCUGUUGCAGAAAGCUUUUGAUCAGAAGCUCAUUUUCACUGUCGGGAUGUCAAGGACAACCGGGAAGGAGAACCAGGUGACUUGGAACGAUAUUCACCACAAAACUUCAACCUCAGGAGGACCACAAUGUUUUGGGUAUCCUGAUCCUGGUUACCUGAGCAGAGUCCGAGACGAGCUGAAAGCUAAAGGCAUCGUGUGACGGGGAAAAGUCUGAUUAAACGAAGAAAAGCUAAAAUGAAUGAAGAUAUUACAAUUCUAUAAGUGAACUGUUUCUAAUCUUCAAAAUGUUCUUAAAAAGUAGGAGAUGAUUUAAGGUGCAGCGGGCCGCAUUUACAGCUUUAAGAGUUUGUGUUGAAGCAAAAUGUUGAAUCUUUCAUUUUAAAUGUACUUUUCUUCAUGAAGUAUAUCCAUUUAUUGCAGUUGAUUGAUAACGUUUGGUUGAGAUUAUAAUGGUAGAAGAAUAUAUGUUGAAUAUAUAGAUUGAACACGUAAUAUGAUAUCAUGUUUGCCUUUUAAUGAUCAUUAAACAAACCCACGCAGA